CGAUUGUUAGAGGUCAAAGGUCUUUUGCGACAUUAUACAUAAUAAUCACCUGACUUUAAAGCGAAUUAAAUGCAAUAAAAGGAUAACAGGGAGGAACAAAAGGAAGGAAAGUCCAUCCAGUAAAUAAAGUGUAUAUUUCAAAGAGGAUCUGAGUACACCUGUACGUCUCACAAAACAGGAAGUAAUCGGAGCACUGUGUUUUCUUCGAACCAACUGAACUGUGCACUCCUUGAUCAGGUAUUUCCAUUCAUCAGAUGAAAAUGAAACUAGAAUUUUGCAGUAAGUGAUAUGCCUGCAGGGCUUUACCCAUUUGGGAACACAUACUUCUACCGACUGACUGAUGAUAUUAGUAAUGUGACAGACACUAACUGCAGUACUGGAAUCCAAUGGAUCUACAAAGUCCUAGGAGACUGUGUGUGGGACACCAGAGGAAUAGUCUCAGUGGCGCUGGGCGUGGCCUCCAUUUUGUUUUGGCUGGUUGUCAGCAUUCCUCAGAUGGUAAAGAAUUGUCGAAAUAUUGCUGGAGUGGAAGGCAUUUCAAUACUUCUGAUUCUCCAAUGGACGUUAGGUGAUGCCACAAAUCUAGUCGGAGCUAUUCUCACAAAACAACUGCCUUUGCAGAUCUAUCUUGCCAUUUAUUUUGUAUUUGCGGACCUCGUCCUUUUUUCUCAGUAUAUUUAUUAUCAAAUCUGGAAGCGUAAACAGGCCACGGACCAUGGAGGAAACCGGCCUGGAGCUGUGCCAAAAAUAGUCUUAUGUUUUACUGGUGCAUUUCUGGGAACAAAUUUAUUUGGAGCUAUUUUUCAUAAAACAUCAUUACCAUUUAUAAACCAAGGUCAAAAUAUGUAUAUUAGACACCAUUCAACUGGUAGGAGUCUAAUGGGAACAAAUUUACAACACAGUGCUGUGAUAUUUCAUGGUUUUAUAGAUGAGAUAGGUUAUGCAAUAGGAGUAGUGUCCAGUAUAUUUUACAUAGGAUCUAGGUCAGCUCAGUUGUAUAAAAAUUAUAAAAGGCAAUCAACAGAUGGGCUUUCAAUCCUGAUGUUUUGGCUUGCUAUUUUUGGGAAUCUAACGUAUGGACUGGCUAUUAUAGUGCGACAGCUGGAUGUUGUAUAUAUUAUACGACACAUCCCCUGGUUAGUGGGGAGUUUAGGAGUUAUCUUCCUUGAUUCUUCUUUAUUGGUGCAAUUUAAAUAUUAUGGAUCCAGGGCCGACUUUGACAGACUUUCUCAGGAACCAUUACUUCAAGAUCAGGAAAUCGUUGUCAAUGUAGAACGGGACAAAUACGGUACCAUCAACUGAUGUUACACGGGGGCUGGACAAACCAACUGAUGUUACAUGGGUCUGGACAAAUACAGUACCAUUAACUGAUGUAACAUGUCAGCAUCAAUAAAAAAAAAUCUGUUAUCAUGGAAUUUAAAAUUUUGUGAAAAUCAGUAUUAUGUCUCAAGCAAGUUAAAACAAUUUUUCUCUAAGAAAUAUACGAGGGCCGUUCAAAAAUUACGCGGACUUGUUUCACAGAAGAAAUAUUUGACAACAUA